AUGGGUUCAUCUGGAGCAUACUCAUUUCGACGACUUACACUUGCACAUCUCCAUGAUAAUCCCCCAUUAUUUGCUACCGGACGCCGGAAGAGCUCGGCCACAGCUCAACCGCGGCCGUCCAUCACAUCGGCUACAGUCGGAGUUGGUGACCCAUUCAUACCAUAUUAUCACUACCGUAAGCCUCCUAGUAGGCCGCCAAGUAGACCCCCAAGUAAACCACCGAGCAAUCGAAAUUCGGCUGCUUUAAGUCGACAUAAUACAGUGAGAUCUCAUCAAUUCGCAUUUGCAUAUGACGAGAACAUUGGUCGUGUGAAAUGGGAAGAGUAUAACCGGAGAGAAGGCAUCGAAGAUGUUCCGGAACAACCGAUAGUGGUGCGGGUGCCGAUAUGGAGGAGGAUUUUGAAACUAUUAAAAAUCCUACUUCCUCACGUCGGUCUCAACGUUUUAUUGCUAUCGUAUAUUGCUAUGGGAGCUACUGUAUUUAUAUGGCUCGAAGCGGAUCAUGAACUGGAAGGCAGAAAAGCCAAAGUGAAACAUGUGUUCGAUAUUUAUUCCCAAAUUAUAAACGAAACAAUUGCAUUAUCCUCAAAUCGAAGUGACGCGGCGACGGUGGAGAGUCGGAUGAGACCACUGCUUGCAUCAUUAUCAAAAGCUCACGAGUAUGACGAUCGUUUCACAGAUACUAAUCAACUAUGGACCGGAGAACAGGAUGGGAUGACGACUAGAUGGACGUUUGCAGCAGCUACUCUUUAUGCGCUCACUGUGAUCACUUCUACAGGUUACGACCAUGUUACCCCUGCCACUGAUCCCGGAAGAAUAUUCACUGUAUUUUUCGGACUGAUAGGUAUCCCAUUGAUGUUUAUCACUGCCGCCGAUAUUGGGAAGUUUUUGUCUGAAAUUGUCAUUCGGACCUACGCCAAGCUUCUUGCUAUGUGGAAAAUGAUAGCCAAUCUUGUCGAAAUGGUCCGUACACAUUUGUUCGAUACGGAUGUUGAUUCUAUAGACUCUAUGGAACUCAAAAAGAGUAAAAAACGAAAUGCAAACAGUUUGGACGAUGAGGAAUGCGAAGACGAGGAAGAUCGGCUACAACUUCCAAUUGCCAGUUAUUUUACGCUUAUUAUAGGCUAUUGUUGCGUUGGAAGUUUGUUGUUUAAUACAUUUGAAAAGGGACCGGUCUGGUCGUUCAUACAUGGCGUUUUCUUCUCGUUUAACACUAUAACCACAAUUGGUCUAGGAAAUAUUCGAGUUCAGCAGCAUUAUUAUUUAGCACUCGCCGUAUCAUAUGUAAUUAUUGGAUUAGCUGUCAUCACUGCCUCACUGGAUCUCUGCUCCUCGACUCUCAAACGGACAUUCACCAAACUUCAUUACUUUGGAAGAAAGAUUCGUGGCGCUCGUCGUGGUUUUGCAAAUAUGAGCGAUGAUAUUCGAGAAGCAAUGCGAAUAAUUGCCGCUUUGAAGAAGACAAGGCAAGAUUAG